AUGAAGAAGUUGGUUGGACGUCGAUUGCAGACGCGUCAUCGACUUGAGGGCCAAGAAGUCGUUCUGAUUGGAACGCGAUUCUUGGGCGUCUUCAAGCGCUUUAUGCCGAAAGAAUCACGCUGGCAGCAACGACGUGGAGACUCGCACUACCACAAUCCUAUCGAAGUGAGAAAUACAAAUCUUGUUGGAUGUCACGACAAUGUCUCCAUCCAGUUCAUGAAGCGGCGAUUUGGAAAAUUGACAAUAGGAGUGGUUGAAGACGGACUCUCAUGUACAGGGACCGGAAGUGUAUGGGACUGCGAGGAGCGUCAACUUGGUUUGACGCUUCAGUCGUGUAGCGAUCCGAACGGGGAUCAGAAGUUGACCGUCUCCUUAGAAACCGGCUUAUACUCUUAUUCGAAUAUCUUCGAUUAUUCUCGGAGCUGUACAAAUGGAUCCUUGAGGACUUUCGCCUACAGAUGCCGGAUGUUUAUGUGUGAGAGCUCCGAGAAGGGAUCAACUUCUUUCGACGGUCGUGUCGUGAGGCGAUCCGAUCGGGGAUCAGAAGUUGACACCGUCUCCAUCAAUGCCGGCUGGCUCACUCUUUUCCUCCAGGAAACUCUCCAAUAUCUUCUUGUAUUUGUGUUGACAACGUCCUUGAAGAAAGCGGCCCAUAUUUGGCUAGAGGGCCCCUUCGCUCGUGUAGUUGUGAUUCACAAUCAUGAAGGCCCGAGACUGGUUCGCCGCAAAAUCCUCUCGAUAGGUAUGGCUCGCAACAACCGUUCGUCGCACAUCAUUCGGAUCUCGGACCAUCUUCAACUGCCAACUCUGAGCAUCGCAUUCUGA